CAUUACCAAAGCAAUGUAAGUCUGAAAUACAAGAGUAAACUUGAAUUCUUGAAACAACUACCGUUGAAAUCAAUAUGCGCAAAAGAAACCUCCUAGUAUCAAGUAUCUAAGAAGGCACCACUGUUAAAGUUCAAAUUUCUUUUCAACAUGCUGGUUUAGAUAAAUAAUGAUAACCCUCAAGAAUAUAAUUAGCUCAAUAGUUUAACUUAAAAACACAGAAAGAUAAUCAACCUUUUAAUUCUUCAUUAAAUUAAAUCAGAAGUCGAAGGUCACCUAGUUACCACCUCUAUAUAUAUCCCUCAUCACUAUACACGUAGAAAGAAAACAAACAGCAAACCAUCACAUAAAACAAAACAGAGCACAUAAACCAUUUUGUGUCUUUCUGCCUUCUGUCUCCGCCAUGGAAGCUAAGAAGUCCAACAAGAUCAGAGAGAUCGUUAAGCUUCAACAGAUCCUCAAGAAAUGGCGGAAACAAGCACAUGCAUCAAAAACAGCCGACAGCAAGGAAGACAACAAUAGCAAUGGCGGAGGAAGCAAGGGCAUCAAGUUUCUGAAGAGGACACUAUCAUUUACAGAUGCAACAGCUGUGCCUAAAGGGUAUCUAGCUGUCUCGGUCGGCUUAGAGAAGAAGAGGUACACAAUACCAACCGAAUACCUUAGCCACCAAGCUUUCCAUGCUCUUCUGCACGAAGCAGAAGAAGAGUUUGGGUUCCAACAAGCCGGUGUCUUGAGGAUUCCUUGUGAAGUUGCUGUUUUUGAGAGCAUGUUGAAGAUAAUGGAGGACAAGAACGAAGGGUACCUGGUGACAACAACAGCUAAACAGGAUUGUAAAUUCAAUAAAGCAGCAGAUGACAAGACGAGAUAUGGGCAUCCAUCUGGUUGCCCUCCGACUCCUUCACACCAACCUCACAGCCCAAUGUGCAGAUAGUUUCCUUCAUUGAUGCUUUGCUUCUGUCCUCUUCCUCUCUUGUUGACUUUGAGCCAUUCUGCUUAUUUCCAUCUUCCCACAUUUUCUCUAGGGAUUUGGAUUUGUGUGCUUAUAACUUCUGAGAGGUUUUUCAAUUCUGCUUAUUUCAAGUUUUGGUGUACUUUCUCAGAAGUACCCACCAGGCCAUUGAUAUAACCAUCUAUUCCUUGAUGAAAUAGCAGUAAUCUCGUGCACAAUAACUAAUCCAAUACCGUAUGAAGUGAAUCAAGCAAAAACAACGUCUGAGCUUUUUAUACACAAAAGAUUUUAACCAUAAGUAAUCUAGUCGACUGCAUUUGCAACGCAAAUCAGUAGAAACAUGUCAUGCAAGCAAGUCCAUGGCACAACCUUCAUGAUGUUACCAAAGAAUUUGAAUGUCUAUUAGUUUGUAGUAUCAUACGAGUUCAUAUAUGAUCUUAGCAGAUAGAACCUAAUGAAUCUGGAGGAUAUCAAACAUCUGCAUUAUUGUCCUUUCUAAACUCACAAGAUUCCUAAAUGCUAUCUUGAUUAAGAAAUAAGAAGAGACAAGAAAAGGGAAUGGUUCAUGUUUCUGCAGUUUGCGUUCUUUCCGGAACAACCAUGUGAAUAGAAGUUGCAAUUAUGUAAGCAAUCAUGGAUUAAUAAUCAAUAGUGUAAUCAUACUAAAAAUCAAUAAAAAUAAUCACCAACUGGAAUGCGGUUGUUAAACUAUAUAAAUGAAAAAGGUACGGUAUCCUAAGCUAGUCUUACGGAAACUAAAAGCUAUAAUAAUGAUACUUAGUAAUAUAAUAAGGCAAUAACAGAAUCACAUGAGCAUUCUUAAGUAGCCCCAUUAUUGCGUUCACAUGCAUAUAUACCUUCCAUCUCGAAAAGAGUACGGCAAAUCAAAAGGACUGAUCCCAUUAACCAAUCAGGUAUUCAAGAAACGUUUCAUGGAAAUCAUAUGUAAACUAAUGAUUGUGAAAGUCAAAACAUAAACGUGGCGAUUUCGAGAUCCGAUAAUUCAGAAAAGGUCACAUGACAUAUGUAUCUGAGAUCAUGUAAUACCAUAAAAAACUAUUGCCGUAAUACAUGUGCGCUGAUCUCCUGAAGAUGAUGGACAAGAUAAUGAAAUAAGAUACUUGGAGAAAGAAUAGUUGCAGAUUCUAUAAAAAAAGAUCAAGAAACAAAUUAACAAGAACAAACCAUAUGCCUUGGAAUCAUAAAAACCGUUGAUAGUUUUCAAGAUAAACCGACAAGGGAAUCCCGUUUUUUAAAGGCAUUGUAACUACAGCGACACAUUGAAGACCAAAAAAUAAAUAAACAGGGAAACAUAAAGAUCAGAUUAAUUAAUGUUUAACAAUUACAAAUGUGCUUAUAUAUAAGGCUAAAUUGGAAAUGUGAGCUUGACGAGUAAGAAGAAGAAUAAGAAGAAGAGUAAGUUAUAUAUAACAAAAGAUGGAAUAGUUACAGAUUUUAUUUAAAAAAAAUACCGCAAGAUCCAGUAGCAGAUUAACAAGAGCAAUUGCAUAUAAAUUUAUUAUAUCAAUGAAUGUACAAUUGCAUAUAAAUAUCUACUGAAGACAGUUCAAUCACUUAUCAGAUUAAUGUUUAACAAUUACAAAAUGUGCUUAUACAUAUGACUAAAUUGGUUUGAGCUUGGGGAGUUAUAUAUUAACAACAACAAAUAGGAAAAGGAAAGGAACCUGAAAGUGAAACACAAAAGGGCCUAUCACUAAAGAUAGGACAAGGAUAGCUUAGAACAAAAGCUCGUCGCCGUCUUCUGGAUUAGGAAACGUGACACACUUGAACACUUUACACCUUUU